AUGCAUGGAUACACGUUAAUAGAGAUUCAGAAGGAUGAUGCUGGGCCGUACUGCUGUUCUCUCACAACUUUCCCGCAUGGGACUCUGGAGGGGCACCUUUAUUUGGACACACAAACAGGUACUGCCCACUUUCACCAAGCUCCAAACCAGGCUAGCAUGCACUACACACCCUUUUCUGCUACGCCAAGUUGUUCUGACAUAGAAGCAUAGGAACUCUCACGCUAACCUAACCUACACAAAAAAAGGUGCUAUCUAGAACCUAAAAGGGUUCUUUGUCUGUCCCCAUAGGAGAACCCUUUGAAGAACCCUUUUUGGUUCUAGGUAGAACCCUUUAGGGUUCAAUGUAAAACCCUUUCCACAUAGAGUUCUACAUGGAACCCAAAAUUGUUCUACCUGGAACCAAAAAGGGUUCUCCUAUGGGGACAGCCGAAUAACCUUUUUUUCUAAGAGUGUACACCUCAGCUAUUGUAAUACACAUUUCUAAUGAGCUCCCUCUGUUUUGUCAGCCAGUGAACCUCCUCUCAUAAUGAUUGUGUCCAUUGCGAGUGUGAUUCUGGGAGUGCUGGUGCUGGUGCUGGGAGGGACCAUAACGGCACUGGUGCUCUGUAAGGUGAGACCCACAAAUCUUACCAUAACAGCUCACUCACUUCAUAGCUAUAUUUGGGCCUGGUUCUGAGGUCUAGAGAUGAAAUUCUCUAAUGCCCUCAGGUGGCUAUAAUCGGGACUGCAGUGUAGCAUGGUGGCUGCAAUUGAUGCAUCUUGUGAUGCCAAGCUGCUAUGCAACCCCAUUUCCCUCCAAGUGUUUAAUGGCACAUUCCUAUAUUCACAGAGGUGUAGAAGACCAGUGCAGGACCCUGUGCACGUGGCAGUUCAUCAACGGGGGCUUCAACAAAACAACCCCUCCACCCUCCAGAACAGCCAGGCCCAAGCUCCCCCACCACCGAGGAGUAACUGA